AUGGCCGACCGAGGACCACCUAACCCAAUCACUAAUGGUAUUCAGGCAGCCGUGAUAGAAUGGAUUAGAUCUCUGGACUUGGAACUGAUAAGCUUAUUACUGUCAAGGAGCUGGCCAAUGUCUAUAUUAGAUAAUAGUGAACCUCGAUGGAGACCCGCUGAAGUCACAGAUACUGAUAAUGUUGUAAGGAUGGAUAGGAGGCAGAGAUUGCUUAGGUGGGAUAGAAGACCGCCAAAUGAGAUAUUUUUAGAAGGAUUUGUUCCAAUUGUAACUAGAGAGAAUCCUGAUUGGGAAGAGACGGACUUGUAUGGUUUUGCAAAAAAUAAUCAUCCUUCCAUCUUUGUAUCAACAACAAAAACACAAAGAAACAAAAAAAAGUAUGUCUGGACACCGAGAACUGCUAACCGCGGAAUAGUUUAUCAAUACGAAAUUUAUGCUCCCGGCGGAGUCGAUGUUAAUGAAUCUUUAUUGCAUGAAUCGCCAUGGCCAAAUCAAAUGGAGGUUGCAUUUCCUGGAGGAAUACAAAAUAUAUACAUAAGAUCAGCAAGAGAACUCCACGACGGUCGUAUACAAAGGAUUUGGAUUAACCCAAACUUUUUGGACCCGAACGAUUUGGAACCUAUUGCUUCUUCUUCAAGAACACCUAAUGUGAUAUGGAGAGUGAACCACCCUGAUGGAGGUCAUAAAGACUCUGAUGCACGUUUCAAGAGAUCAGCAAGCUUUGAUGAUGACAUGAUGUACGGUGGUGCAGGUGAUCUGCAAGAAGAUACGUUUGGUGAUGAGACUUAUAACCCAAAACCAUUUCCAGAUGGUGAAUUCAUAUUUGAAAGCAUAAAAGAUAAUAACUUCUUUUUAGAUUUGACUCAGAAUUCAGAAGGUGCAAUCAUCCACAACCAUGUAUAUAACGGUGGGGAUAACCAAGUCUGGGUGCUUAAUUAUGAUAAAAACAAAAAGGCUUACAAAAUAAGGAGUAAACAAAACCUCCAUCUAUAUUUGAGUUGGAAUAGUAAUGCUGAGUCUCAAGAAAUGGUUCUCCGAGGAUAUUCAAAUAGCGGCAGCGACAACCAAUACUGGCGAAUUGAACAAACCGACAGUUAUUAUAGGUUUAGGAAUCUGGAAAAUUUAGAUAUGAUUAUAACUGCUCAAAAUAAAUAUAGUGCAUUUGGUGGCAAAGGAAUCAUUGUGUGCAAGGAAAUUUUGAACGCAAAGAACUUCCAGCAAUGGAAAAUUAAUUCUGUCUCGUUUCAAACAAUCGCAGAUGGGGAUUAUAAUAUUUUUAAUUGCAGCCUUUCCGAUAAAGUUGUUGACUAUAGUAAUCAAGGUGAUUCUUUGAUUCAUGGACAUAUAUAUUUGGACAAUGAUAAUCAAAUAUGGAGCUUUAAAUACGAUAGUAGCAAGCAAGCUUAUAAAAUAUGGAGUGGUAGAUCUAAUCUUUUAUUGAGCUGGAACAGUAAUGCUGUCUCAAAAGAAAUGCUCCUCAGAGCAUAUACAGAAAGCGGGAGCAAGAAUCAAUAUUGGCGCAUCCAACGAGUUGAUUAUGAGUGUUAUAGACUUAGGAAUCUGGAAAAUUCAAGUUUAAUUUUAAUGUUAAGUAAUGAAACCAGUUCAUAUGGUGGAUUAAAUUUAAUAGUUCAUAAUGAUUCUGAAAAUUAUGAUAAUUUAUAUUCAAAUUGGAAAAUUAAACCCAUUUUUUAUCAGUACAUUCCAGAUGGCGAUUAUCAUAUAUUUAAUGAAAACUUCCCAAAUAUAGUUGUUGACUUUACCAAUCAAGAGGAUUCUUUGAUACAUGGUCACAAUUACUUCGGGAACAACAAUCAAAAAUGGGCUUUCAACUAUGAUGAAAAUAAAAAAGCUUAUAAAAUAAAGAGCGGUGAACGUUCAGAUCUUUUGUUAAGCUGGAAUAGCAAUGCUGUGUCUCAAGAAGUGGUUCUUCGAGCAUAUACUGAGAGCGGAAGUGAGAACCAAUAUUGGCGUCUUGAAAAAGCUAAUAACGGAUAUUAUAGACUUAAUAAUCUAAUCGAAUUUGAUAAGCUUAUAGCUUUGACUUAUAAUGAUAGUCCCUAUGGAGGCACAGAACUUAUAGUAUCUGGUAAUAAGGAAAGCGGUAACACUUGGUAUCUGAAAAAAAUAGGCGGUAUUACUGUACCGAAUGGGAUGUUUAGAAUUGGAACAAAAGUGAAUUAUAAAAAAGUAAUUGAUUUUAAUCGAGAUAAUAAUUUGAUUAUCACUGAUGAUUUAAAUCUUGUUACUAGCGAAUGGAUACUUCGAUACAAUUCAAGUAAAAACGCAUACAAUAUAUAUUCUGGAUACAUGAAUAACUUAGGAUGGAUAUAUCAAAAUGCUAACUAUUUUGUUAAGCUGGGUAACAUAGAUGGACCUGACCAUGGAGAUUGGAGAUAUUUAUGGACGAUAGAAUAUAGCAUUCAUCAUGGUUGCUAUAUGAUAAGAAGUUUACAUGAGCCUUCUCAUGCAGUGGGUUUUUCUGACAAUAAUUCAGUCAUAACAGAUACAUCGACAUACUCCGAUAAUCAAUUGUUUCAUUUUAUUCCGUUAUAA